CAUGCUGACCCGCCUGUUCAGCGAGCCCGGUCUCCUCUCGGACGUGCCCAAGUUCGCCAGCUGGGGCGACGGCGACGACGACGAACCGAGGAGCGACAAGGGCGACGCGCCGCCGCCGCCGCCGCCUCCGCCAGGGCCCGGGGCUCCGGGGCCAGCCCGGGCCGCUAAGCCAGUCCCUCUCCGUGCAGACGAGGUGCCGGAGGCCGCGCUGGCCGAGGUCAAGGAGGAAGGCGAGCUGGGGGGCGAGGAGGAGGAGGAAGAGGAGGAGGAGGAAGGGCUGGACGAGGCAGAGGGCGAGCGGCCCAAGAAACGCGGGCCCAAGAAGCGCAAGAUGACCAAGGCGCGCCUGGAGCGCUCCAAGCUGCGGCGGCAGAAGGCGAACGCGCGGGAGCGCAACCGCAUGCACGACCUGAACGCGGCGCUGGACAACCUGCGGAAGGUGGUGCCCUGCUACUCCAAGACCCAGAAGCUGUCCAAGAUCGAGACGCUGCGCCUAGCCAAGAACUACAUCUGGGCGCUCUCGGAGAUCCUGCGCUCCGGCAAGCGGCCCGACCUGGUGUCCUACGUGCAGACGCUGUGCAAGGGUCUAUCGCAGCCCACCACCAACCUGGUGGCCGGCUGCCUGCAGCUCAACUCGCGCAACUUCCUCACGGAGCAGGGCGCCGACGGCACGGGCCGCUUCCACGGCUCUGGUGGCCCAUUUGCCAUGCACCCCUACCCGUACCCGUGCUCGCGCCUGGCGGGCGCACAGUGCCAGGCAGCGGGCGGCCUGGGCGGCGGCGCGGCGCACGCCCUGCGGACCCACGGCUACUGCGCCGCCUACGAGACGCUGUAUGCCGCGGCGGGCGGCGGCGGCGCGAGCCCGGACUAUAACAGCUCCGAGUACGAGGGCCCGCUCAGCCCCCCGCUCUGUCUCAAUGGCAACUUCUCACUCAAGCAGGACUCGUCGCCCGACCACGAGAAAAGCUACCAUUAUUCUAUGCACUACUCGGCGCUGCCCGGCUCGCGGCCCACGGGCCACGGGCUGGUCUUUGGCUCGUCGGCUGUGCGCGGGGGCGUCCACUCGGAGAAUCUCUUGUCUUACGAUAUGCACCUUCACCACGACCGGGGCCCCAUGUACGAGGAGCUCAAUGCGUUUUUCCAUAACUGAGACCUCGCGCCUGCCCCUUUCUUUUUCUUUUGCCUUUGCCCGCACCCCUGUCCCCAGCCCCCCGAGCGCAAGGGGACCCCCACCUAUCCUGGCGCCGGGCGCGGGGAGCGGGCCGCCGGUACUGACCCUCUCCCGGGCAGUGCAGUCCUCUUACCAGUGGGUGGCCCGUCCCAGGAGCCUCGAUUACCCCAGGGGACUCGCCUUCUCUCUCCCCAAGGGGUUUCCUCCUCUUUCCCAGGGGUAGUUCUCCAGGGACCCCUCUUAGGGCACUCCCUGGAGACCACCCCCCAUUCCCAACCUCUACACUUAGGUUUCCCCCUCCCCUUCCCCUCUGCAGGCCCAAAGGCAUUGGCAAGGGGGCAGCUGAGCUGUGGGAUACUGUUUUCCCUCUAUUGUUGUUGUUGUUAUUAUUAUUAUUAUCAUCAUUAUCAUUAUUAUUAUAACAGACACCGAGCUGCCGUGGCAGAAAGGAGCCGGGCGCCCCCUCUUUCUUGAAGAGGGCAUAAGUCAGGGCGCUCCAGCCUGGACCUGGAACACCCUCUCCCCGACCCCUAGUCUCAGCGUUUCGUGAUUUUAAUUUUGGCGGGAGGAAGUGUGGAUUGAGAGGAAAGAGAGAGGCCAAGACAAUUUGUAACUAGAAUCCGUUUUUCCCCGUUUCCUUUUUUAAAAACAAACAAACAUACAAAAAAAAAAAAAAAAAAAAGCUAAGAGGCGACGGAGGCCGAACGCAGAGUCCGGAUCGGAGAGAAAACGCAGUAAGAACUUUUAGAAGCAAUAAAAGGCAAAAAAUACUACUACCAAUAAU